CCUGGCGAUGAGGAGGGCGGAGCACCUGAAGAGGCUGGUUUACGUGUCGUGUAACGCCAAGGCAGCCAUGAACAACUUCGUAGACCUUUGCAGAGCUCCUUCCAACCGGGUUCAGGGCGCCCCCUUCAGACCAGUGCGAGCCAUCUCUGUGGAUCUGUUCCCCCAGACCAUCCACGUUGAGAUGCUCCUUCUACUGGAGAGAGAGGGAUACAGCACCCCGACCAGCAGCGAUCGGGAAAAGAUAGAUAGCUAGCCUUGGUACAGCGUGCUAUUAAAUUUUUUUUUUUUUUUUUACAUUUGUAAAGUAUCUGCAAGGCUAGUACUUGUCGAGAGGCCGAGCUAGUACCUUCUUAAGUUGGCUUCACGAACUGCUUUUUAUCUAUUGCAUCUUCCUGGGCUACGUCACCAAACACAGACGGAAAGGUUUCCUGUGGAAAGGGCAGGGCGACAUCUAGUGGUGAAAUCUUGUUUUAAGUGUAGAACGCGCGUUUCCCUUUAAAACUUAAGAACACGAAUGACGUGUAUUUCUGUUUUUAAUCAAUAAAAAUACGGAGGGCGCCCACAAGGUGGCGCCACUCUCAUGCAUUCAUUUCAAA